AUGGUGAAGGAGAUGGGGUCGGAUUGGGAGCCGUGGCCUGCCCUCCACCGGAAGAGCAACCAUCUGUUGUUCAAGCUCUUGGUCUCCGCCCUCUUCAUUGGCAUCUCCUUUCGCCUCUUCUUCUCCCAUUCCACCACAUUCUUGCCCGUCUCCCAACCACCCGCCGCCUCCGAGAGAACGGAGGCGCCAGUGGUCGAUGCCGGAGAUACAAAGCCGGAGAAAGACUCUCCGUCAAUUGAGAAAACUGGUGCCUCUGAUUUGUCUGUUUCUGAGAUGGCAUCAGAUCUUGAAGAGCAAGUUUCUCAGAAAGAAAAAAAAUGUGAUCUUUUUACUGGGGAAUGGAUCCCGAAUCCUUCUGGACCAGCAUAUAAUAAUGAGACCUGCCACUUCAUAGAACCUCCUCAGAAUUGUAUGAAGAAUGGGCGACCUGAUAAGGCGUAUCUUUAUUGGAAAUGGAGACCGCGUGGUUGUGAUUUACCUUCAUUUAAUGCGGAGAAAUUCCUGGACUCAAUGAGGAACAAAAGUUGGGCAUUAAUUGGUGAUUCAAUUCUCCGUAACCAUGUCCAGUCUUUGAUUUGCCUUCUGUCUAAGGCAGAAGAAGCUGUUGAGGUCUACCAUGAUGAUACUUACAAAUCCAGAAGAUGGCGCUUCCCCUCCCACAACUUUACUCUCUCACUCAUUUGGUCUCCUUUCCUAGUUAAAGCUGAAAUUUUUGAAAAUGAUGAUGGCGAGUCAACAUCUGAAAUCCAGCUCCAUCUUGAUGUCCUUGAUGCAAAUUGGACAGAUCAAUACCAUAGCUUUGACUACAUAGUCAUAUCUGCUGGGCAAUGGUUCCUGAAAACUGCAGUUUACUGGGAGAAUGGUGGGGUCGUUGGCUGCCACUACUGCCAUGGGAAGAACUUAACAGAACUGGGGGUCGAUCAUGCUUAUCACAAAACCCUUCAGCUGGUUUUCCGCUUCGUCGCCACUUCUGAUCACAAGCCCUUCGUUCUUUAUCGGACAUGGACACCAGAUCACUUCGAAAAUGGGGAGUGGUUUAAUGGUGGGACCUGCAACAGGACAGCACCGUAUAAGUUAGGAGAAUACAAUGGCAAAGAUAUCGAUCAUUUGAUGCGAGACAUCGAGUUUGAGGAGUUUGAUAGGGCAGUGGUGCUCGAUGGACCAGGUAGUGGAGCACGCCUGAAACUUCUGGACACCUACCAGCUUUCAUUGCUAAGACCAGACGGUCAUUCGGGUCCUUACAGGACAUUCCAUCCAUUUGACAAGGAUAAACAUGCAGUGGUACAGAAUGACUGCCUCCAUUGGUGCUUGCCCGGUCCUGUGGAUGCCUGGAAUGAUUUAAUAAUGGAGAUGGUGCGGAACGAGUGAAAUCUGAGGUAUGGUUUGUAAAUGUUAAGUCCCUUUUUGUGUACUUAGCAUCUGCUGAGUCAAAGUUACCGAGAGAAAAAGGCAGGCAUCCACAAAUUGGUGUGCUGGAGGACUGUUCGUGUAAUUUUGUUUGAUCUGUUGAUGAUUAUUAUAGUGUUUUCAUGGAUAUAGCUGUAACUGAACGUAGGCUUGUAAUCUACGGGUGGUCUAUUCUGUUGACUCAAUGUUCUGACCUGACUUAGUUGUUAGAAGGAUGCAUUCUUCUUUUCUUCUUGCUGAUUUA